AUGAUCGGUCUUUACGUUAAAUCUGAAGACUACUUUGAUCGACAAAAACCCAUCCAGGUCAUUCCUCGUUUAGCCAAUCUUGAAUGGAUCGAGGGUGUGGCUAUAUUAAUUGCCGUAUUAGUCGUCGUAUUUGUUACUGCUAUCAAUGACUGGCGAAAAGAGCGUCAAUUUCGUGGUUUACAAUCGAAAAUCGAGAAAGAUCAACAAACAUCCGUCGUGAGAGACAACAAAAUUCAGCAGAUACCCAUUCAAGAUUUGGUUGUUGGCGACCUCUGUUUCAUUAAAUAUGGUGAUUUGCUACCGGCUGACGGUCUCAUUGUUCAAGCAAGCGAUUUGAAAAUCGAUGAGUCAUCAUUAACAGGCGAAACUGAUUUGAUAAAGAAGAAUGAGACAGACAAUAUCGAGUUGUUCUCAGGUACGCACGUGAUGGAAGGCAGUGGCCGAAUGGUUGUUGUUGGAGUCGGUUUGAAUUCACAAGUCGGCCUGAUCAUGUCUUUGUUGGGAGCAACGGCUGAGACGAAAGGGAACAAGAAGAAAGCCAAGCAGACAAAGAAGCAGAAAGGGACAAAAGUGUCGCCGGAUGCGGUAGAAAACGGUGACGCCAAAACUGAAACAACGACAAAACAAGUAACACAACAACGCCAGCAGACUCCGCCAAAACAAACGGGUGAAAAUGAAUCAUCUUCAACAAGAAAGAGCACAGCCGCUGCUAGUGAUAAAAACGAUGAAGUAAUUAAUGAGCAUUUCACAGAAACAACGAAGAAAAAAGAUGGUAAUUCGGACCACGACGAAAAACCAUCUCAAAGAUCCCAUGACGGUGAAACAAAACAAUCUUUUCGUUCUGAAACAACAGUGAAUCCAAAGUCAAAUGGGCCAAAGAAAUUGAAUGAACGCGUAUCAAAAGAAAAAGAGAUUGAACCGGUAGCGCCUGCAGUUGAAGCAUUGCAAGACGCACAGGCCGAAGAAGAGGAAGAUGAAGAAGGAUCGGGCGAUGGAAAGCAUAAAUCCAUAACUGUUGUUGUUGUAUCAGUACCAGAAGGUCUACCUUUAGCUGUCACAUUGGCGUUGGCAUUUGCUGUUAGGAAAAUGAUGACUGAUAAUAAUUUGGUUCGUCACUUGGACGCUUGUGAAACAAUGGGAAAUGCGACAACAAUUUGUUCGGAUAAAACUGGCACGUUGACAACGAAUCGAAUGACAUGUGUUCAAGAUUCUAAAGAAGCAGGUGGGCUACCAAAACAAAUUGGAAACAAAACGGAAUGUGCCUUGUUGGAUUUAGUUAAAAAGUGGAAAGGUUCCUAUGACGACAUUCGAAGUAAGAUUCCCGAAAGUAAGCUGGUCAAAGUGUACACAUUCAACUCGGCAAGGAAAAUGAUGAGUACAAUCAUUGAGAAAAAUGGCGGUUAUCGAAUUUAUACGAAAGGCGCUUCAGAAAUGGUUCUGACAAAGUGUAAAUCGAUUCUUGACUCAAAUGGAAAACAAGUGGAACUGAAAGAUGCAGAGAAGGAGAAGUUGAUUCAUGAUAUCAUUGAGAAGAUGGCUGGUGACGGUCUGAGAACGAUCUGUAUUGCUUAUAAAGACUUUCGGAAAGACAAGGAAAAUCUGGACGAUGAAGAUAAAAUCGUCACCGAUUUAACAUGCAUUUGUAUCACGGGUAUCGAGGAUCCCGUUCGACCAGAAGUACCGGAAGCAAUUAUAAAAUGUCAGAAAGCCGGUGUCGUUGUAAGAAUGGUUACUGGUGAUAAUCUGAAUACGGCUCGUUCCAUAGCGAUGAAAUGUAAUAUAAUCAAGCCAACUGACAGUUUUCUCGUGUUGGAAGGAAAAGAAUUUAAUAAACGAAUUCGGGAUUCAUCGGGUAAAGUAUCGCAAAAGAAACUCGAUGAAGUUUGGCAAAAUAUGCGCGUAUUGGCUCGUUCAUCUCCCCAAGAUAAAUACACGCUUGUCAAUGGAAUCGUCGAGAGCACCUCGUCGAAUCAUCGAGAAGUUGUGGCCGUCACAGGGGAUGGAACUAACGAUGGACCGGCAUUGAAACGAGCUGAUGUUGGAUUCGCUAUGAAGUUGCCGAUAAAACCCGUGGCCACCAUACAUUUUGCUAAAUUUUUUCUUUACUGCAAACUUCUAACACAACCCGCAGACGAGUAA